AUGCAGACAAAAGGGGGCUUCACAUGGGCAAGAAGGGCCCUGCUGCUCUGCAUCAUCUGGGCCACUGCACACCGGCCUCUCCCAGGGGCCUCUCUGCCCCAGCGUCUUCCAAGAGCCACAGGAAAUGGCACCCAAUGUGUUGUUUCUCCAUCGUCCGAGUUUCCUGAAGGGUUUUUCACCAAACAGGAGCGUGCAGAUGGAGGUAUCAUAAUCUACUUCCUGAUUAUCCUUUACAUGUUCAUGGCCGUGUCGAUUGUCUGUGACGAGUACUUCCUGCCUUCCCUGGAAAUCAUCAGUGAAUCCCUUGGAUUGUCUCAAGAUGUUGCAGGCGCAACUUUCAUGGCAGCGGGUAGCUCAGCUCCUGAAUUAGUUACUGCUUUCCUAGGUGUAUUUAUCACAAAGGGAGAUAUUGGCAUUAGCACCAUUCUUGGAUCUGCAAUUUAUAAUCUCCUUGGCAUCUGUGCAGCCUGUGGCUUACUAUCUAAUGUGGUUUCAACGCUAUCAUGUUGGCCCCUUUUCAGAGACUGUGCAGCAUAUGCAAUUAGUGUAGCAGCAGUUUUUGGCAUAAUAUUUGACAACCAAGUUUACUGGUAUGAAGGAACUUUACUGCUUUUGGUAUAUGGAUUAUAUGUUUUGGUCCUGUGUUUUGAUAUUAAAAUUAACCAAUAUAUUAUAAAGAAAUGCAGUCGUUGCUGUACUUGUCUUGCCAAAGCUCUAGAAGAGAAAAGUGAACGAGAGACACUGAUGGAAUGGGAAGAUGAGGGCCAACUGUUCAUUCGUCGGCAAUCAAGAACUGACAGUGGAAUAUUUCAUGAAGAUUCUGGUUAUUCCCAGCUUUCUAUAAGUUUACAUGGUCUUAGUCAGGUUUCUGAAGAUCCACCAAGUGUUUUCAACAUGCCUGAAGCAGACUUAAAAAGAAUAUUUUGGGUAUUAUCCCUUCCAAUUAUUACAUUACUUUUUCUAACAACACCAGACUGCAGAAGAAAGUUUUGGAAAAACUACUUUGUGAUAACUUUUUUCAUGUCUGCACUAUGGAUAUCUGCAUUUACAUAUAUCCUGGUAUGGAUGGUCACAAUAACUGGGGAAACACUAGAAAUUCCAGACACAGUAAUGGGCCUUACUCUAUUAGCAGCAGGAACAAGCAUACCAGAUACAGUUGCAAGUGUGCUAGUUGCAAGAAAAGGUAAAGGAGACAUGGCUAUGUCUAACAUUGUGGGAUCCAAUGUGUUUGAUAUGCUAUGCCUAGGUGUUCCCUGGCUUAUUAAAACUGCAUUUACAAAUGAAUCAGCUCCUGUAGAAGUAAACAGCAGAGGACUCACUUACAUAACCAUUGCUCUAAACAUUUCCAUUAUUUUUCUUUUUUUAGCAGUUCACUUCAAUGGUUGGAAACUAGACAGAAGAUUGGGAGUUGUCUGCCUAUUAUUAUACUUGGGGCUUGCUUCAUUAUCAGUUCUAUAUGAACUCGGAAUUAUUGGAAAUAAUAAAAUAAGGGGCUGUGGAGAUUGAUAUUCUUAAUAGUGUUAAUGUGGAAAAUGUGAAUGGUGGGGGUGGUAGAGAAGGAAAAAUCCAUUUCUUCAUUUAAGUCAAA